CAAGCGGAACUGUUGUGUCGGAACUUGUCGGGACGCAUUUUCAAAGCGGACCCGGUUGUUGAUUAAAUCUUUCUGGAUAGAAACUGCUCCGCAGUUGGAGGGGAUGAGUCUCUCCCCUGUGACUGGCACAGAAGUGCCAGAGACAGCCAACGGAGUCGCGACACCUGUCUCAGAGAACGGCCCCUAUGAUCCAGUCUCUGUAAAUUAUGGAGACAGAAGAUUAUCAUGUUCUGAGGAGUCAUCAGAAGAUGAGUCCCUGAGACACACAGAGAAUCAUGUAGAUGGGGAGAACAGAGUUUUCAAGGAUGAAGGUUACCUGGAUACAGAGAUAGACAUUCAAGAAAUUACAUCUGCUUUAUCAAUACAUGGGUCUCAAGGGACAAACCCUUACUCACCUGAUACAGGAGACGUAGGAUCAGAAUCCACCACCACAAACAUUCCUGAGGCCAAUGAAAUUGUUGAGACUGCUGGUGCAGUACUUCCUGGGAAAUCGGCUCACACCAAAGACUCAUCUCACCAAGGAGGCUCCCUCACAACAGAUAGAGAGGGUAUAGACCCAGUGACUGCAGACAGAGACACUAACAACAAGGAGGAGGUCGGAGUUGAAGAGAAGGAAAAACAGGAUGAUGAGGGUGAUGAGAAGAAUGAAAAAAAGUGGAAGAGCCAGUUUGCAGGAGGCAGAACAGAGUAUAAGUCUUCACAGCAUUAUUCCUCGUCAGCCCCUGGGUCUAGUACCUCCUCAUACUCUUCUCCCCCACCCACCAUGCUUCUCUCAGACGAUGUCCCCUGCCCUCCACACGUCAUGGCCCAGGUGUGGGUUCGCAAUGUCCGUGGGAUGCAGGACAGCAAGAGUCUGGACGAAAUCAGCCAAGUGUGUGCAGGAGGUUCCGGUGCCCGGGGAGGGGGCAGAAGUGGGCAGUCAGAGGGCCGACGGGCUACAAUCUCCUCAGCUCUUGAGCUAGAAGGGACAGUCAGUCAGGAAGGAGACCUGACUAACUUCAUCACAAAGAACCUGGAGCAGAAGAUCAAGAUGAGCUCCAAGCCCAGCCUGGACUGCAGCGACUCGGACUGUUCAGGUCCCAUCUACAGAAGCAGAGGGUUGACCCGAAGACCAGCCGACAUCCCACCCAUCGAUCCCACUGUACUAUUGGACCUUCAGAAACACACGCAGGAAGUCGCACACAGUGUGGAGAUGAUGAUGCGGAGCCUGAAUGGAACCAUCCAAAACAUGACGGCUCUGAGUGUGGGAUACAUCCAGACCUACAGGGACUCGGUGGACAGCCUGGGAGAAUCUGUGGACAUGAGUAUAAAGGGCAUGUACACGCUGAUGGCCCGUUGUGAAGAGUUGGAUCGUUCCAUGCAGCCCAUACACACCCUGUCUGCACAGAUCCGUGACAUCAAACGCACCCUCGAUGCUCUGGAGGCAAUCUGCAAGUAACCCCGCCUCCCUGGUGCUAACAAAACACCCCAGCUGCGAGGAUCCAACAUCAAGCACAGACCUGAAUAAAUCUACUCCCUCUGCAGGUAGCACACACAUACAUCACUGCGAAGAUUCAGAGCAGUCCGGAACCAUGGGAGCAUUGUGACUAGGCAAGCGAGCACCUGUCGCUUGCUCACUGUUUGAAGGUUAUCGUGUUUGUAUUGUGGGAUCUCAAAAGAACUAUGCUUAAAAUGCACUCGCGGCUGAGAUUUCUUUUCUCUUUUUUUUUUUUAAAUUUUGUUUGGAUUUUUUUUUAAAGUGUUCCACUUUUGGAGACACUUGGCCAAGUGCCCUGCGCUCGCACAGGCACACGCAUCUUUGAAGAAGUGAGGGUAGACUUUCUCUUUUCACACUUGAAAGUGUCUGGCAAAUUGUGUGUCACCAUCCGUCCAUGAUUGCACUAACUUCUUCUCCCCAGCUGGGGUCAACAUUUCUCUCUCUGCCAGAAGAGAGAGGCCAGUAGGAACUUUUCAGAAAACAGUGACUUUUGCACAAGAACAAAAAGUCUAUUUUUAAUCUUAUGCAGCAACGAUUUGAUUUUUCACUGCAAGCUAAAUGAAGGGAGUGGAGCUUUGUAUUUGUCUGUCUGUUCAUAUGUUCCGUUUUCUCGACUUGCAUGUGUUUCAGACCUCUGCUCCUCAGUUCCAUCGCCAAGUGACUAGUGCAGUCAGAGCCACUUCCCCUGGUGGCCAAUGAAAAGCCACAACAUUUUAAUAAAAAAAGCUUACAGUUUACAAUUAAAGUUUACAACACCGAUCUAAUUUUAAAAAAGGACCAUGUGUUAUUUGGCCUAAAAUCUCACCUUUCUCUUCUGUGUCAUUGACAUCCUAUAUUGCUUUCACCGUUAUUUUUAAUAUUGAACUUAACUUUAACUUCAAACUAUGAAACUGAAAUUUUAGAUAUAAAAAGUUACACCACCUCAGUCAGCGAACCAGAAGAUUUGUUAUUCCCAGGCAUGUAAGUAGCUUACAAACUACUCGCUGUCAUUAGUUUCAUGGCGUUGGUCCAGUUAAUGGUAAACUCUUUUGGAAAAAAAAGCUUUUCUAGCCAAGAACCUAACUUAGCUGUUUAUCCUAAACUCUGCAUGAACAUUUUGCAGUUUUGGCUGUAACCGUACGUUUGACUCUGUUGAAAUUGUAAAAACUCUGCACUGGUCUGUUUUGACUACAUUUUUAGCUGAAUCUUGGGGAAAAGUCUGUAAAUGAUAUGAAAUUACUGAAAAUUACGAAAUGACUUAAAAUUAUGUUUUCUGCUCAGUGUCAUUAACAAUACAAAUGUAAGACACAGAGAAAAAGAGGACGAGCAUUACUCUCUGCACACAGAUCCAUUUAGUAAUGAACUCCAGGAUAAAAGACUUAUGUUACAACUUCAAGCCAUGUGCUCUUAUGGAGCCUUCUAAUUGAUUUGGGGAGAAACUGUGGUACCGUUGUCAUUGCACUGGUAGGUGGACCGUACUAUAUCACAGUAUGUGUACUAGCUUUCAUAUGUGUAGCUAUUGCUGAUGUCAGGCAAUUUGUAAUAUGACUUGAAUAGUGUUAACUGAGUUGCUGUGGCUUUCUAACAUUGGACACACAAACUCCCUACGAUGUGUGUUUUGGGAUAUUUCCUCAACAUGGUGUUAUUAGAGCAAUACGGCUAACAGUAAGUACGCGUUUCAAUGCUCUCUAUAAUGUUGACGCUUACAGUUAGUCCUCUUUAAGGUGUUGGCCUCAAACGUUACACGCGACCCGGCUUUAUCCAAACAAUGUCCAUCUGCGAACGACGCACCAGUUAUUGUUCGUUCACAUCUGUGGGAGAUGAUGAAGAUAUUGGCUUCACCAUAAGCUCAGGUUGGCGUCACAGCCUGCGUUUUGUCUAAGGAGAGGAGCUAAUUUACUGGAAUGGUGCAGAUAAUGUCCAGGGAAUGGAUAUUUGGGAGCCUCUGUAUAUUUUUGACUUGCAGAAGCAGAUCUUCAAGAUGGGAGAUGAGAGAAAAUGCCAUUUUCCUGUUCAUUAUGAUAUGUAAAUGUAUGAAUUUUCAUCAUUUUCUGUUGUACAAUCAGUUGCACUUGUGUACAUAUGAUCUCUUUCUGUAACUAAAAUGAUUUAGACACC